AACAUAAACAAUCGACCCUCACAAGCAAUCUCUGAUCGAAUCCAUCAAACGAUUUCAAUGAUCUGAAUUCUCACCAAAAACACCUCAUAAAGAAAUCCAAUCACCCCACCAAGUGCACUCACAAUUCAAGUCGUCAUUCUGCGCGUCCAAUAUGUCAUUAUGCCCAAAAUCUCAACGCUUACCACCACAGAAAGCCUCUGACGUUCCAAGCCCCGGUCGUUAUAAUCCGUUGCUUCACGAUCCAUCGCAAGACCCGUGUAGGAAAGAUCCACUAGAGAUCUACAAAGCUCCUCGAAAUAAAGAAUCAGAUCCCGAUCCAGAUACGUUUGGUCUCUACAAUUCUGAUCAGGAACAUUACGAUAAUAUUCGCGGCUCGAGGCCCCGAUCGCGAGCUUUAUCUACUCCAGCGACACCCUCAAAACAUCACAAGGAACUACUAAGACUCGAAACUAAAUUGUCGGAGUACGAAUCGAAUAUUACUCAUUUAAGAGAAACCCUCCAGAAGUCCGAACAAACUACCAAGGAAAUCAGAAACGCUCUAAAUAAAUCAGAAAACGAUUACGAGAGUCUGAGAUCAGAAGUCAGCCGACUCAAAAAACAGCUUCAUGGGGCCGCUGGUCUUCAUGCUCAAGUUAUCGCACCCGAGACCGAACACGAUAAAGGCAAGAAACGGAGAGAAAACGAUAUUUCUAACUUCAAAACGGAACUCAGGUCGGCCGAAACCCGUGCUUCACAAAGUUCCAAGCGCAAUCAAUCAAGGAUGAGCCAGAAGGAUGAGUUUCGACUGCUCACCAGUUUUGUCCUACCAGCCAAGGUGCUCCAAAGUAGCGACUCUGACGUGAGAUCACUUGGCUUGCCGACUCUAGAUCUACACCUCGCUCGGCUUUCAAUUGGACAUCAGGCAAUUGCUCAAGCCAUCCCAGAGUCAUGGUGUGCAAAGGAAUCCGCCAUUGAUCCUGAACAGAUUGUUAAAGCUCUCAAUUCUACUAUCCAGUCGCACAGAGAACAAUCUCCUGCUUCCCUGAAUUCGCUUCGAGUUCGACUUACUGUUGGCCCAUCACAGGCGGUUUCAUUGGUGACCUCUACCAUGCCAGCAAUUGCUUUGACCAAGUUAUUGGUCUCUAUUGAUGAUCGCCCAACGACUUACGAAGGCGAACCAUUCUUACUGACAAAAACUACCUAUCGAAGUCAUUAUGACCAUACAAGAUCGAGACAUGGUUUGUGGAAUCAUAUUAGUUUUCUUUUAUUGGUUUACAAUAGAUCAAGGCAUGAAUACUAUAAAAAGGAAACUCUAGCUGAAUGAUUCAUCUUCUCAAGGAGCAAAAUAUGAACCUAAGGAAGGAGAACUAUUCGAUGUGUUGAUGUUUAACAAUUCCAGACAAGUCACCGAAACAACGAUUUCAAACAUAGCGAUAAGAAGGAAAAAACAGCUCUCCUGUUUGGACGAUGGAAACAGCUCGUCUGAUCCUUGGAUUACACCACAUUUGAGUUGUGGUCUUUUGAAUGGAGUCCGGAGACAAUUUUUACUGGGUCAAGGCGAAAUUACCGAGGGUAUUAUUAUGGUGGAUGAUUUGAUCAACCAAGGGCUUGAAACUUGGGAAAUGAUCUGUUUCAAUGAAGUCAGAGGGUUAUAUCACGUCAACUUGAUUGAUCUUAAUGGAAACCUGCAAGAUGGAAGUCAUCAAGCCAGUUAAACCACUACAUCAAUCUGGAACAAGGAAUGAUAUGCAACUCUCUCAACUACAUUGAUUCAACUAGACUAUUAGAACUCCCCAGUAUAACCCAAAAACAAGGAAGGCAUGAUAUGGAUACAUCUCAAGUGUAACAAUCAAGAAAUGAAUGGUAGAUGGUUUGGGGUGGAAUAUAAUUGCAGGAUGUGUUUGCAUGAAAGCUGUCAGUUGAAAAAGA